AUGGCUAGACAACAACCUCUUAUGCUUGGGCUGACGCUCAUUGCUUUCUGGGCCUUCCUCUGCAACGGUCUCGACCUCUACCGCGCAGAUUCGAGAAACUAUGCCACCAUCCAGGCCUCCAAGGGCUUCUUGCCAAAGGGUCAGUCCACCUUUGGCGUCGCCGCCCCAGACACCAGCCUGUGGAACCACGUCAAAGGAGCCCCCAGCGGCGCCAGCAAGGACGAGGACGGCUACGUGUCCACGACCUCGGACCCCAAGCUAGCCGAGUCCUGGGUCAGCCGAUUCCUGGGCGGCAACGGCUUCAUCUACCGCAUCCACUCGGCUCCCAACAUGAUUGACUGCCAGGCCACCCUCCAAAAGUACAACCCGUACCCCGAAGAGGCCGAGUUCGCCGCCCUCGGAGGCAUCAAGGACAACCAGAUCAUCGGCUGGACCCCCGUCCGCGGCGGCGUCAAAGGCAAGGAGGAGCUGAACCCCUUUUACCAGGGCAACAUCUACAGCAACAUGGGCACCGGCGGCGCGCAGUACAAGCUCGCCGCAUUCCCGCCCAACCACCAGGCCUGGGGGGAGGCCCCUUGGUCGCAGUUCGCCUCGUGCACGCGCAGACGUUCCGCCAGGGACCUCUUCCAGAUCGAGAAGCGCGCUUGCUCCGCGUCCAAGAGCAACGUCGACUACGCUAAGGAGUACCUCGAGUACGUCGAGGCCGUCUGCCCUGGCUGCCAGUAG